CUCACCUGGUGACGUCCUCGGCUCAUCGCCGCAGUGACCUCACCGUCGCUGGAAAUCUCACGCAGGAGUGGAAAUCCCCUUCCCACGGCCAGAGCUUACAGGUUAUGGAUGGGGUGGGUGCACCCUUGUCGCCAGAUGUCAGGACUCCUGCGGCCUUGGCUGGCCGGCACACGUCCACCGUUGAUGAUACAAAUGCGUUGCUUGGCCAUGAACAAGAAUGGGCAUUGGCAUCCAUCGGCCAGGAUGAUCCCGACGCAUUCGCUAGCUCGGCAAAUUUGCAUUCAACUCAUUGGAUCGAUUGGGAUUCAAUAGAAGUAGAAGAUAGGUGGAAUGAGGAAGGUAGACAGGAUGUUGCUAGUGAGCAAGCGAUUUAUAUGCAGCUCGGAUUGCAUAAUGAUGAUGAGAGGGAAUUAAAGCAAAGUGAAGAUGCUGGCAAUACUUGUUGUGUUGGAAAUAAUAGGAAAGAAUUUGACGAUGAAGCUUCAGCGGCCAUGCCUUGUUCUGAUUUUGUACUAGAUGAGACAAGGGUAGUAUAUGAUAUGAACAAUCCGGUAAUGGAGCCUGGUAGCUUGUAUGCCUCAAUGGAGCAAUUUAGACUUGCAAUCAGACAGUACGCCAUAAAUAAAGAAUUUGAGCUGGGCAUUGAGGCUACCAGUAAGAUUAGAUUCAGAGGGUAUUGUAAAGGUCCUGAUUGUCCUUGGAGAAUACAUGCAAGAUCGGAGAUGAAAGGCUCAUCCACUAUUCAAGUUAUUGUGUUAAACGAUGAGCACACUUGUGCUUCGAGUGGGAGACACAAGACGACGACACCGACUGGUGCUUGGGUCGCGGCAAGGGCUCUUCCACUACUCAUGAAGAAACCUCAUAUGGGUGCUAAGGAAUUACAAAGUACAUUGCAAGAUACAUUUGGAUGCACUAUUACAUAUGACACUGUAUGGCAUGGGAAAAAGAAAGCUCUAAAGCAGCUGUUUGGCAGUUGGGAAGAGAGUUUUCAACUUCUAUGGUCAUGGAGAGCAGCAGUUAUGCAGAAGUCACCAGACAGUAUUAUUGAGUUGGAUGUCAAAAUGGAUGAGGCCCGACCUUUUUUCAGCAAGUUUUUUUGUGCACUUGGUCCUUGCAUUAGUGGUUUCAAAGAGGGUUGCAGACCUUAUCUUAGUGUUGGCUCAACUGCUCUUAAUGGAAGAUGGAAUGGUCACCUCUGUUGUGCCAUAGGUGUUGACGGACAUGAUUGGAUGUACCCUGUUGCUUAUGGAUUCUUUGAGGCAGAAACAACAGAAAACUGGACAUGGUUCUUUCAGCAAUUGUAUAAGGUUGUGGGAGAUCUCCCUCUACUUGCUUUAUGUUCAGAUGCUUGUAAAGGGCUAAAAAAUGUUAUGAACAAUGUAUUCCCACAAGCUGAAAAGAGGGAAUGUUUCAGAAAUCUCAUGCAGAACUAUGUCAAGCAAUUUGCUGGGUCCGAGCACAUGUAUCCUGCAGCCAGAGCCUAUAGGAGAGAGGUGUUCGACCAUUACUUUUCUAGUGUCCAAGAAAUUCCCAAAGUAUCCCGUUGGUUAGUUGAGCAUCAUGACAGUUUGUGGUACCGUAGUGGUUUUAAUACAGCCAUCAAGUGUGACUAUGUUACCAACAACAUAGCAGAGGUGUUCAACAAUUGGAUUAAAGAUUGGAAAGAUCUACCAGUUUGUGAGUUGGCAGACAAGAUCAGGGAGGAAAUCAUGGAGUUGUUUCACAGAAGGAGGAGGAUAGGACAGAGACUGCAAGGUCGGAUACUGCCAUCUGUGGUUCAUAUCCUUCAUGCCAGGACUAUAGGUUUAGGACACUUGACAGUGAAGAAAGUCGACAAUUAUGUUGCAGAGGUGAGGGAUAAUAAUCAUGUGCAUUCUAAGCACAUAGUGAAUGUUGGGUUGAGACAAUGUUCAUGCAACGAAUGGCAGCAUACAGGGAAACCAUGUCAUCACGCACUUUGUUUAACAACAACACAACAAUUUAAAGAUGUUCGAAUAGAGGAUUUUGUGGAUGACUACUACUCAGUGGAGAAGUUCGUGAAGGUGUACUCAAGGGUAGUAGAGCCAAUUGGUGACAAAUCUUUUUGGCCAAGAGUGCCAUUUGCAAAGGAGGUGGGUGCACCAAUUGGAAUGCGGGGCGAUGGUCGUCAAAGAAAAAACAAGAUUAAAGGGUGCGUAGAAGGAGGAAGUGGUAAGAAAGCCAAUGAAAAUGAAAAUGUCACAAGUAAGAAAAUGAUUCGUGGGAGGUUUAAGUGUCCAAACUGUGGUGAAUUUGGCCACAGGAAAGCAAGCUAUAAAUGUCCUUUCAAUGGAACAAAGAAAAGAAAAAGGAGACCAAGGAAAAAUGUGACUAAAGGUUGGUUUCCAAAAGAUUUCGAAGCUUCGUCGCAGCUCGUCCUGCAAGAGAACGAAGUGCAUCCACUAGCUACUUAACUACCUGCAAGAGAACGAAGGCGAGGGUGAGGGCGGCAAGGGUGUCGAAGAGAAGCAGGAGGUAGCGUGGCGUCGCCAUGGAAGCAUCGGAGGCUUGGGAUUAGGUCGGAACUCAGUAGCGAAGAGGACCCAUAACAGGUGUGUGAGAUAUAGGAGAAUGUGAUUGUGUUUGGCCUUUUGUUUUGUGAAAUUUGUACGAGAUGAAGGCAACAUGAAACUAAAAAUUAGGGGAUGAAUUUUGGGAGAGAAUACAGACCACAUAGUUGUCGUUCUGACUGCUAGACAGUUAGGUAAGAUCCCUUAGGCAUCAUAUGCAUAUGCAUUUGUAUGGUUUUCAUAUUAGAAUUAGAAUUACUGAAAGCACAUCUGAAUGAUGCAGAUUGUUUUGAAUCCUUUGAUUGUCUUACUGUAGCCUCAUGUAUUGUUAUUUUAGUAUAA